AUGUCUUAUAACUACAGUUCUGGAAAUUUCUCCUCUCGCUCAGCCUGCCUUCGCUACCCAGGCUCCUCUUGUGGUUCUUCCUAUCCAAGCAACUUAGUCUACAGCACUGACCUCUGCUCUGCCAACACUUGCCAGCUGGGAUCCUCUCUCAACAGAGGCUGUCAGGAGAGCUUCUGUGAGCCCAGAAGCUACCACACAUCGUGUGUGGUAUCCAACCCUUGCCAGACAUCCUGUUACCCCUCCAGGAUCUCCACACUCUGCAGUCCUUGCCAAACAACUUACACUGGAUCUGUGGGCUUUGGCACCAGCAGUGGCUGUUCUCUGGGCUAUGAAUCAAGAAGCUGCUACUCACAAAGCUCUGGAUUCAGUGGCUUUAGACCUCUGAGUUAUGGUGCCCAUGGUUUCUCUUCUCUGGGUUAUGGAUCUGGAUUGUGCCGCCCAUACUCCUGGGCUUCUAGGAGUUGCCAGUCUUGUUACAGACCAACCUGUGGAUCUGGAUUCUACUGA